UGUUGACAGAAUCCGCUGGGAGUAUGGUGUGAUCGGCGCUCCGUGAUAUUCGGAAGAUGACAGAGGAUUUACACGCAGUGAAUCAUGGCUCCAGAUGCGGAGGACUGCGAAGAGGUAGAGCAACUGAAUGGGGACUAUCAGGAAGAUCAAGUACACCAAGGCAGAAGAAUCUUACCCGACGAGCCGCCACCAGCGCAGGCCUGGAUAGAGAACGAGGAGUUGGGGCCAGGAAACGAUAGCAGAACCAACAGCCCCGGAGAGAACCGAAGGCUCCUCGGGAAUAAAACAGUACAAAAACCCAGCUCCAGGCUACAGGCUGGCCUGACGUUGGGUGUGUGGGCAGUGUCUAAGAAGCAAUCAAAGUGUCCGCCAAGUCUUAAGAAAGGAAAGCCACAAGCAAAGACGAAAUUCCAGAAACGAAAAGAAAAGUUUUUUGAAGUUUUCGGGUUGCCUCAGUUCAUCAUCACCAUGUUGUUUAUUUUCUUAGCAUUUCACUACUUUGGUCCGAACCAAUGGCGGGCGAAAAUGGAAUGGGUUCCAGGAGCAUGGUGGCAUGAGCCAUGGCGACUAUUUACGUAUGGACUUCUGCACGCUGGCGGUGCUCAUCUUGCGCUAAAUUCCUUAGUUGCUCUCGUGGUUGGGUGGCGGCUGGAGCACGAGCAGGGCUGGUCGCGGGUGGCGGUGGUGUGGGCGGGCGGGGUGGCGGCGGGCGCGCUCGGCGCCGGCGCGCUGCAGCCGCGCGUGCACGUCGUCGGCGCCUCCGCGGCCGUGUACGCGCUGCUGACUGCGCACCUUCCUAACGUGUGCCUUAGAUACGGUCACAUUCCACUGUGGUGGUUCCGUCCCCUGAGUAUGGUGGUGUUAGGGGCGUCGGAAGGUUGCUGGGCGCUCAUAAGGGCGCCCGACGCGAAGGCGGUGUAUAACGUGGCUUGGUCCGCGCAUGCGCUAGGCGCUGCCGUCGGUGUGCCGCUGGGUUUUAUUAUUUUUAAAGGUGAAAACUCUUCGAAGCGCGUCAUUUUCUUCUGUCGCAUAGUAUCCAGCCUGAUACUAUCUUUAGGGAUCGCUACUGCUGUAGUCUUCUAUGUGUUCUGCUACGACGCUGACCUUUACUCCUGAUAUAGGAGCAGACUGCGGUAGUACAUGAAUGGCUACUGAUGUCUGCACUUCAAGAAUUCUAUUACCAAUGUGCCGAGAUUACUCAAAGUCUCAAAUAGUGACUGCAAGCAAAUGUGACUUUUAAAUAUAUAAGUAAAUAACGACUAGUGAUAUAUAAGAAGAAAACGGUGCAGAUUUGAAAAUUAAAGUUACCAAAGACAUUCUAGAAGAUGAUAGAACGAUUAAAGAUGACAUACAAGUGAGAGGGAUUAAAUUUAACCAGAUGUACUAAAUGCUUAUGAU